AUGUCAUCCUCGAUCACCAUCCCGACACGGACUGGUUAUGGGGAAAGCAGCAAGGCUGCUCCAAGCUCCAGCAGCUCCAGUUCAUUCUCAAGCCCCAGAACUCCUCAGCAACAACAACAGCAACAAACUGCAACACCGACUUCAUCUACUGCAAAAUACGGACAUGAUCGGAGACGUAGCUUGCUGAGUUCAUCACUCUCAAAACAGGAACACACGGUGAUUAAUAUUGGAGAUCCAGACGGGGUGCCACGUUUAAUCACUUGCGUUAGAUCGUCUCAAGGAUACGAGUGGAAUCCAGAGAUCUUCCUGCCCUCCUACGUAGAAUCCAACUUCGAGUCACUUGAAAGAAAGCGAGACCCAGUUCACGAAAUCAGACUCAGCGAAGAGGAGAUAAAGGACAUGUUCCCGCAGUAA